CAGCCCACCCUCUCUUUCUCAACCGGGCAAAAAUGAAGCUGCUUCUGGCCAGCCGGACCCUGCCUGUGCCUUCGGGCAUCAGCAUCGAGGUCAAGGGCCGGGCGGUCCGCGUUAAGGGCCCGCGCGGCACCCUGACCCGCGACUUCAAGCACCUGGCGGUCGAUAUGUUCCUCACGGAGGAGGAUGGACAGAAGGUGCUGAAGGUGGACUGCCACUUCGGCAAGAAGAAGCGUCUGGCUUCCAUCCGCACUGUGUGCUCGCACGUCAAGAACAUGUUCACGGGCGUGACCAAGGGCUUCGAGUACAAGAUGCGCCUGGUGUAUGCCCACUUCCCCAUCAACAUCAACAUCGAGAACCAGGGCAAGAAGGUGGAGAUCCGCAACUUCCUGGGCGAGAAGCGCGUGCGCGUGGUGAACAUGCUGGACGGCGUGAAGAUUGCCCGCUCGGAUGGUGUCAAGGAUGAGCUGGUGCUGCAGGGCAACGACCUGGAGAACGUGUCCCGCUCCGCUGCCCUCAUCAACCAGUCGUGCCACGUGCGCGUUCUGGACAUCCGCAAGUUCCUGGACGGCAUCUACGUGUCCGAGAAGGGCCUGCUGGUGAAGGACUAAGCGUGUAGCAAGAAGUCGCGUGUAACACCUGCAGAAA